GGCCGAAAUCGAUUCAGUAAAAUAAAUUAUGUAAAUUAAUGAUACGUCAAUCCUUUGCCAAAUUCUUAUAACAUUGGUUGUUCUAUGAAACCAAAAUAAAAUAAAAUUUAUUGAUUAUUCGCAAAGAGUUCAAAAUUCUAUUCAUUUAUCACAAACACAACUAGAGUAUAUUUAUGGUAAUUAAGCAGCAACUGAACCGACGCUUGAGAAGGAGAUAUGUGGAAAUUAGAACCUUGUUAAUUUUCUAAAAAAAAAACUUGCCAAAAAUGGAAUAUACUUGUUCAGAUUGCGGAAUGACAUUUUCUGAAAAAAGUGCAUAUCUUGAUCAUCAGACGACUCAUGCAGAAAAGACAUUCAAGUGUGAUAGGUGCUUACUAGUAUUUCAAGAUUCAAAACAUUUAGAUAUACAUAAGAAAAUCCACUCAGAAGUGAGCUGGCAUAUGUGUGAAAUAUGCAAUUGUGGAUUCACUGGAAGAAAAGCUUUCGAACAGCAUCAAAACACGCAUACAGAAAAACAACAAUAUACAUGUAUAACUUGCGAGCAGAUAUUUAAAAAUGAUGGAGAUUUACAAAUCCAUGUAAAAAGUGUACACAAAUCUAAAAGGUCUAAUUAUAUUUGUGAAAUAUGUAAUAAAGAGUUUGAUGACAUAACGACGUAUGAGAUUCAUUGUACACUUCAUCAAACCUCGAAGAAUCUAAUGUGGAAAGCAAGACGUUCUCCAUACAAAGUUUUGGAGGUACAACAAGUGCAAGCAAAUUCACCUAAAAUUGAAAUCUUGGAGGUACCACAGACGCAAGCAGAAACUUCCUCACUUAAAGCCAUGCUGGUAUCACAGAGGAAAGGAAGACGUUCCUUACCUAGAACCUUGCAGGUACCACAGAAAAAAGCAAAACCUUCCUCAUUUCAAGCUUUGUGGGAACCACUGACACCCAUGCCAAUUAGUGAAUUCGAAAAACUAUUUACAGAGAGUAAACGACAAGAGCCUGAUUCAACUGAAGCCAUCUGGAAACUAUUGGGCCAAGCAGAACAUUUCUCACAGCAAACCCUGCAGGAACAAUUAGUGCAAGCACGUCCUAUCUCAACACAAACUUUGCAGGAACUUCAAAUGCAAACAGGACCUUUUCCUCCAUUUUCGACUUUCAAGCAUUCUUCCUCAACACAAACCUUGCAGGAAUUACAAAUGCAUUCAUUCGCUUCAACUUUAGAAGAACUAAAGCAGUUAGAAGGAACUUCGUCUUCUCCGAUCCUGCAAGAACUACAAAAACAACCAAAACCUACCACAACUCCAAACAUGAAGACAAUACGAGAGCUUGCACAAAGUUUGCCAUCUCCAAUCUUGGACAAACCCAAAGUACAAGCAAUACCGUUGUCAAUUUUAAACCAGCAGGAACCAUUAAUGCAAGCAGGCCCUUCUUCAACACAAAACUUGCACAAACCACCAAUGCAACCAGAACCUUUAUCAACCCCAACCCUUGAGGAACUAAGGGUGUUAGAAGGAUCUUCAUCAUAUCCAAUCCUGGAAGACGUAGACAGGCUUGUAGAAGCUUUUUCAGUUCCAAAGUUGCAAGAACCACAAGUACAAGCAAUACCGUUGUCAAUUUCAAACCAGCAUAAACCACUAACGCAAGAAGGUCCUUCCUCAACAAAAACCUCACAGAAUUUUCAAAUGCAAACAGGACCUUUGCCCCCAUUUUCUACUUUCAAGCAUUUAUUUUCUACACAAACCAUGCUGGAACCACAAAUGAAAACAGGACCUUCGUUACUUCCAACCGUGGAAGAAUUAAGGCUGUUAGAAGGCAUUUCGUUGUCUCCGAUCCAGCAGGAACGUCAAAAACGACCAGAACCUACCACAACUCCAGACGUGAAGACAGUACGGNAAAUUGAAAUCUUGGAGGUACCACAGACGCAAGCAGAAACUUCCUCACUUAAAGCCAUGCUGGUAUCACAGAGGAAAGGAAGACGUUCCUUACCUAGAACCUUGCAGGUACCACAGAAAAAAGCAAAACCUUCCUCAUUUCAAGCUUUGUGGGAACCACUGACACCCAUGCCAAUUAGUGAAUUCGAAAAACUAUUUACAGAGAGUAAACGACAAGAGCCUGAUUCAACUGAAGCCAUCUGGAAACUAUUGGGCCAAGCAGAACAUUUCUCACAGCAAACCCUGCAGGAACAAUUAGUGCAAGCACGUCCUAUCUCAACACAAACUUUGCAGGAACUUCAAAUGCAAACAGGACCUUUUCCUCCAUUUUCGACUUUCAAGCAUUCUUCCUCAACACAAACCUUGCAGGAAUUACAAAUGCAUUCAUUCGCUUCAACUUUAGAAGAACUAAAGCAGUUAGAAGGAACUUCGUCUUCUCCGAUCCUGCAAAAGGAUCUUCAUCAUAUCCAAUCCUGGAAGACGUAG